GGUGUAAGUGGAUUCUGGCACCACCAUAGCCGCGCUCGGCUCCGAACAGCAGAUGCGUUGGAUUAUAAAGACCCCGUGCUUGAUGUGAUAUGACCUCGAGAUGAUUAUCGCGAUAACCUUGAAAGACAGCAGCUGUCCAGGACAAUAAACUGAUUUGGGAUUCUUAUUUUGAAAUUCUUGACAAUGGGAGAGCACAUGAUAACUGAGGGAGAUGGAAGCUUGUUCACGGAGGAGUUUGCCAAGUUUGCCAAAGAAACACUGGAAGAGUGGAAAGUUCCAGGUGUCUCAAUUGCUGUGAUUGAUGACGAGGACGUAUUAACACAGAGUUAUGGUAUCGCAACUUACCCAAACACGACCGCCACCUCGAAAACCCUCUGGUACGGCGGAUCAACCACCAAGGCCUUUGUUUGCGCCGCCCUCGCUCACCUCAUCGAUACCAAGACAUACCCGGCGCUUGAAAAGGGCUGGGCAACGCCAAUCUCAAGCAUUAUCCGUGACGACUUCGUGCUGAAGGAUGCCUGGGCCACGGAGCAUCUCACCCUGGAGGACGCCGUGUGUCACCGCACGGGGUUCCCGCGGCACGACGACUCCAUGUUCCGGUUUGUGGAUGAUGAAAACGGUGAGAUUGUCGGCCCUGACGGGAAGAGAAAGAGGUACUCCACGGCAAAGGAUCUGGUGCGCAACUUGCGCAACUUGGAGAUGACAGCGGAGCCUCGCGUCAAGUUCCAGUACUGCAACUUCAUGUAUUUAGCGCUGUCGCUCGUCAUCGAAACGGUCACGGGCAAACCGCUCGGCAACGUCCUCCGCGAGCUCAUCUGGGAGCCCCUUGGCAUGUCCUCGACGUACUUCGCCCUCGAUGCCGCGCAGUCAGCGCCCGAGCACCUGGCAACGGGCUACUGUUGGGACGAAGACGCGGAAAAGUACACCGAGGUGCCGCACAUGUCUGUGGUGGAGCUCAGCGGCGCGGGCGGCAUCAUAUCCACCGUGGCCGACUACGCCAAGUGGGUGAAGUGUCUGCUGCACGAGGCUGCACCCUUCUCGGCGGCGGUACACAAGGAGAUCCGGACGCCGCGCAUCAUGGCGGGCAUGCCGGAACAGGGUAGGGAUAUCACCAUGUACGGCCUCGGGUGGCAACGGGCGCUGUACCGCGGCCAUCUCAUGUACACGCACGACGGCGGGCUGGAGGCUUUCGGCACGCAGGUGUACUGGUUCCCUGACGCCAAGUUUGGCGUCGUGGCGUUUGCAAACACCUCCACGACGUCCAAUGCGGCUGGGGACGUCUUGGUGUACAAGCUGGUGCAUGAAAAGUUGGGAAUUGCUCCUGAUGACCAGGUUGAUGUGGGCAUCAAGUGGCAUGAAAUGAUUGAAAUGCUCAGCAAAGACUAUGAUAAGGGGGUUGAAACUCUCUUUCCAGAUAAACCCGAGCCACUUCUGCCGUCUCCAGUGAGCCUGAAAGAUCUCGCGGGCACAUACUACGACCCUGGAUACAAAAACAUGACGUUGAGCGUCGAGAUGGACCCCGGGAUGUCAGACCAGGAGAUACUCGUGGGCGAUCAUCACGACAGGACGUGGCAAAUUUCGACGCGAGUAUACCACGUCACAGGGAGCUGGUGGGUUCUGUACGCCGACCGAGCUGUGAAGAACUCUUCCAAGUUCUCCCAAGAGUGGCAGAGAAUCGAGUUCAAGAUAGGCCCGAGCGGCAAGCCCUCUGCAUUUGUGGUUCAAUGGUGGGAUCGCAUUGCGCGCAUGUACCAAGGCAGCGUCGAGUUUACAAGGAUCGACUCGUAGAUGUUUCUUCUAGACUGAUUGCUGAGUUAGCAACGAAUUCAGUUGGACGAGUCCUGAAGUCAUGACGCGCGCGAAUGUGGAAAUAAUCAGACGAUUAAGCUUGGUAAAAUUGGUUUCA